AUGUAUUCUUUUACAAUUCAUCCAAUCAAUGGAAGGAACAUGUGGGAGAAGCCUACAUGCCCUACAACCUUACUCCCUCCAAAACACCAUGUGCCUAUUGGAGGACCAAAGAAAAAAAGGAUAUCUGCCAUGGAGGUUGAGGAUUUGGUGAAAGGUAACCAAUUGUCAAGAGCACAAAAGAAUGUUGGUGGAUCAAAAACUUCAAGGAAUGUUGGUGGAUCACAAACUUUAAAGAAUGUUUGUGGUGCUAGAAGUGCAAAAGUGAAGGCUGGUGGUUCUCAAACUUCAAGGAAUGUUGGUGGAUCACAAACUUCAAAGAAUGUUGGUGGUGUUGGAAGUGCAAAAGUGAAGACUGAUGGUUCUCAAACUUAA